UUGUCAGCUUACCCUGGAGGAGCUGGAAGAUGCUGCUUAACACACCCUGUUCAAUCCGCUUCACAUCAACGCUGACAGACAACAAACUGUGGAAACACGUAGUCAAAUAUGUGGCGUAGGACGGGCUGAGCUCAUCUGCUUCAGGUAGGCAUUAUGGCAGGAUCAAGCAUGUUUCUGCCAUGGGCUGCAGUGGUGGUCCUCUCAGUGCUGCUGGCAGGAUCAAGCCACGCUGGGCCUGAGGCGGACCCUUACAAAAUCCUAGGAGUAACCAGGAGCGCAAGCCAAGCUGAGAUCAAGAAGGUCUACAAGCGCCUUGCAAAAGAAUGGCAUCCCGACAAAAACAAAAACCCAGACGCUGAAGACAUGUUCAUCAAGAUCACCAAAUCCUAUGAGAUCUUAUCCAAUGAAGAAAAACGUGCCAACUAUGACCGAUAUGGACAGACUGAUGACACCCAGCCGUACGGCGGCGGCCACUAUCGCCACGACAACUUUUACUUUGACGAGUCUUUCUUCAAUUUUCCCUUCAAUAGUAAGAAUAACCGGGACUUUGCUGACAGCAAGUACACGCUGCACUUUAACCAGUAUGUCAAUGACGUGGUGCCGGACAGCUACAAGAGGCCGUACCUGAUCAAGAUCACCUCUGACUGGUGCUUCAGCUGCAUCCACAUCGAGCCUGUCUGGAAAGAGGUGGUGCAGGAGAUGGAGACGCUAGGUGUGGGGAUCGGUGUGGUGGAUGUUGGCUAUGAGAGACGGCUAGCCAAUCACCUGGGCGCUCAUCGCACCCCGUCAAUACUUGGGGUCAUCAAUGGCAAAGUGACAUUUUUCCAUUACGCCGUGGCAAAGGAGCACCUGAGGCAGUUUGUGGAGGACCUUCUUCCCCAAAGACUGGUGGAGAGGGUGACAGACAGAAAUGACCUGCAGUUUUUGAACAGCUGGCACGAGCUCAACAAGCCGCAUGUGCUCCUGUUCGACCAAGUGCCUGCCGUUCCUUUACUGUACAAGCUCACAGCUUUUGCGUAUAAGGACUACUUGCAGUUUGGCUACGUGGACCAGGGCCUUUCAGAGACCGCCAAUCUGCUGAAACAGUUCAACAUUAACACAUACGCUCCCACCAUGCUGGUCUUCAAAGAGAACAUAGACAAGCCAGCCGACAUUAUACAGGCCAAAGGAAUGAAAAAGCAGAUCAUCGACGAGUUCAUGUCAAACAAUAAAUUUCUCCUUGUGCCACGACUUGUCAAUCAGAAGCUCUUCGAUGAGCUCUGUCCCGUCAAACAGUUCCAUCGACGCAGGAAAUACUGUGUCCUGCUGAUCACAGGUGAUGAAGAGACCUUUUCUUUUGGGAACCAGGCAUUUCUUUCAUUUGCUUCUACCAACACCAAGGAAGUGGUCCGAUUUGCUUAUGUCUACCAAAGACUACAGCAACCACUCUGUGAUAUCCUCAUGCAGAACAAGGACAGUGCACCAUCACCACCACAGGUUGUGAUCCUGGAGAGGCGUAACGCUGCAGGGAAGGUCCUGUUCAAGCCAGUGACCGCAUGGAAUGGCAGUGAGGAAGACAAGCAGUGUCUUCUGGACGAGCUGGAGCGUCUUCAGAAGGACCCGUCCAUCCUCAACCAUGAUGCCAUGCUGCCUGAGCUCAACAAUGAGUUUGCCUCUAUGUUUGUAAUUCGAUGGAUCUAUGCAUCUUAUGACUACCUCUCUGAAGUCAUUGAUGAUAUCCUGCACAAUAACUGGCGUGAAAUGAUGCCCCUUCUGUCUCUCAUCUUCUCUGCCUUGUUCAUCUUGUUUGGAACCGUGGUCAUCCAGGCCUUCAGUGACUCAAGUGAAGAUAAGCAGACAAAACCGAAGGCAAAAGAUGGAACGAAAGCAGAAAAUGGGUCACCAGGGACCAGUAGCACUUCAAGUCGGCCUCCUAAGAAGAACUUUGUGGAGGUGACGGAGCUGACAGAUAUCACCUACACGAGCAACUUGGUGAAACUGAGGCCUGGACACAUGAACGUAGUGCUGGUCCUCACUGACGCCUCCAAGAACAUCCUCCUAAGCAAGUUUGCCAAAGAGGUCUACUCCUUCACAGGGAGCCUGACGCUGCACUUCUCCUUCCUGAACAUUGACAAGCACAGCGAGUGGAUGACCACGCUGCUGGAAUACGCUCAGGAUGCCAUGCAAAUCGACACAGAUGAGGACGAUGGAGGCAACCAUAAGGUGGACUACACCGGCUAUGUGCUAGCACUCAAUGGACACAAAAAGUACCUUUGCCUCUUUAAGCCUGUCUAUACCGGCGAGGAUCUGGACAGUAAGUCCUCUGAGGACGAAGGGGGCACCUCAGGGGGGAGAUCGAGGUCAAGUUCCCGUGACGACCACCCUACACGCAAAUCCAACCGAUCCCGCUCCAUAUCCACCCUGCAGAUCCACCACAAACUGGACCGACUGGGGCUGUGGAUGGAAAGGCUGAUGGAAGGCACUCUGCCUCGUUACUACAUCCCAGCCUGGCCAGGACUGGACAAGAUCACACCCAAUAAAUAGGACGAGUCAAAUUAAGAAAGACUUUACUGGUCAUCCACUAUCACACUGAAAUGAUUCGCCUCUGGAGCAGCCUUUUUUGCACUUGUUAGUUAACGAUGUGUUUUGAAGAUGGGUCAAUAUUACAUGGUGGGCCUCAGUGCAACUACUGUGGGACGAUUCCAUUAACAUACGCUUGAUUACACUCACUGCAUGCUAUUCAUUUACAACCGUUCGUCAUAUUUUAUCCUCGCAAAUUCUGCUGCUACAGCCUUUAGAACAGAAAACAAUAUCACUGUGGCUACCUGUAUUCUCCUGCCGUCAUGACCAUCAGUCAUAUUCAUACACACUGAUGUUGGCAGGAUUGUGUAACUACCUUAGUCUUGAUUGAUGACUACUGUGAAUAGAGAUGCAUGUCUCUAACACUAGCUUUUUUGCCUUUUUUUUUAUAACUCUAAACCCAUUUUUCUUUCACUGAUAACAUCAUUUCCUGAAUUGACUUUAAAUGCUUGUGCAAUAUAGCCUACUGCUGUAAUGACAAUGCCUUCUGCCCUUGUCCUCAAGGGAUUCAUAUCCUUCCUUGCUCAUGUGUGAUGGCAAAAAAGACGGUAUAGCCUAUAGAAAAUACAUGUUUUGUUUUGUUACAUGGGACCUGUGGCGGCUGUGGUUUAAAAUAUACUUCCCUACAAACAACUACUCAAUAGCGACCUUGGUCUACUAAACAGCCUCACUUAGCCAGUAGCUUUAUGUAGCAAACAAGCAGUGAUGGAGUCCAUUUCUAUGGAACAGGCUGUCCAUUUCAAGUUACGAAUGUUUCCCAAAUGGCUACAAUUGACUGAUAUGGAGAAUGCUUUGGUUUUGUUGAAUCUCACGGACAAAAUGAUGAGAUUCAAAUAAUACUUGGUGUGCUUGGUUAAUUUAAUUAUUAGUUUGUUUUUAUCCACAUGAGCUGUUUAUGUUAAUAUUACUUUGUCACAACUGUGAAGUGUAAAUAUUGUACAUAAUCAUGUUAUCUAUAGGACCUGUAUUUUAAAGAGAUUGUGAAAGAUGAGUUAAUGUUUUUACAUGCAUUUAUCAUAAUGCUGUGGUAAUGGUUUUUGGUUUUCAUUAAGAAUUUCUUUUACAUGUGUAAAAGAAAUGUUUGCUACGGGCAAAUGUUUUAGUGGGUUUCAAAGAGUUCACAUAUCCUCUUGCUGGUUGUAAUAAAAUGCUUUAUGUUUAUUAAUUAA